GUUCUCGAGAUGACGGGAUACCGUUCUAUCAUGUCUCUGUAGACAUGAAUUGUUUCAUUCCGACCUCACAUAUUACAACAAUCCGUAGAGGCGGGUCCCCAUAUGGCGAGGUGGUGGGCUCGUUCGAGAUGGGCAUUGCUACGAAGAAGAGCGCAGUCACGAUGGCGGGCCGUGAGCGGUUAAUGGACGUCGUACUGAACAAAGCCGGAAACAAGGCCAACCGUGUCUGGCAGUGGAAGUGGCAUAACAAUCGAGAACUUCAUCUGAGCUGGCACUGCGACAGCCCAGUAAAAUAUUGCUACCUAGCAGCGCAAGCAGGCACGCCGAAUGCAUCGCUACUAGCAUCCUUCACUCCACAACCAUUAGCUCCUCGUGCCGAUGGCCUCCCAUCACCUCCCUCAUCAUUGAAGGUCUUCCCCGACGGUCAAUGGCUCUUUGACGACAUUGUGAUCUCGACAUUGAUCCUCGAGAGGAAGAGACUCACGCCUGACCCGCGCAGACUGUUCAACUGACGCUGAUUGCUGGAUUGUCAUUGUUGUCUUGUUGUCGCUUUGAACUUGUAUCGCUCUCUGUGUACGUGGAAGCACUGGCCGUAGAUCUGCUAACUACUAUUUGUACGAUAGGUAUGACUUAAUGAACGCGUCGUCCUCACAAGGAAUAUUCUGGACGCGCGGUCCAACUGGGUGACCCACUGGGUUCUCCGAUGCUUCCUCAGCCAAAUAUAUCUAUGGUAAACGGGUCAUGCUAAGGCAGCCAAUGGGUCUGUUCGAGAACAUAAUAUCUUCCGUUUGAAAGGCUGAACUCGAGAAGGGUUUCUCUUUUUGAGGGCUUUGCAGUGGUCUGGAGACAGCCGAUCAGAAAUAUGUCGAUCGCAUGACAUCAUAGUAG